AUGUCAGAGCUACUGGAUGAAUUCCUGGCCUCGCUCGAGAAGUUUGGCGAGCUUCCCGACUUGAGUGUGGAGGAGCUUUCGUACCUGGAACGUUGCAUAGAGCUCAUGAUCGACUUGUUGGAUCAGCUGCCUACUCGGCGCUUUUUCAGACCGCUACUCGUGGACAAGCACAUAGUUGUACGCUGUAGAGGAUCAAAAGUUGCGCAGCUGCCGCAAGCACGCUUGGUCAACCAGCUGCUCGGAAUUCUCAGAUAUUAUGAGAAUUUUGAGAUUGAUGACACGACUGGAAAGCCGCUGUCCCGCCGCGAAGUCACAGAUCUUCACUAUGAGCGACUGCAGCUUUUGCAAAGAGUAUGCUUCCAAGAAUUUCCGGACAACCCCAGCUUGAAGCAAAUCAUGCUCGUGAACGUUGCAAAGCUGGACACGAGGGAAGCUCUGGUACAACACUUUGAGCCGCUGCCCUUCGACGUGUUGAAGGUGCUCUGUGCCAAGGUCUGUUACCUCGAUGUAUCCCGAGACACCACGCUGGCAGCAAUGGAGCAAAAGGUUCGUGAUGCCAUUGCAGCUCAAGAGCUUCAGGAAGCGGAAAAGGAAGCAGCAGCAGAGCCCAAAAAGAAGAAACGGAAAAAGAAGGUGAAAACAGAGGAGGAGGAGCGCCUGUGUAAGCUGCUUGUGGAAAUCCUUGUCAACAGAUUGGAACGCCCCGUCAUGCAGCAAGAUGACGUGAUGAAGAUGCCACUGUACCCAACAGAGGAGCUGAUUUGGGAUCCCAACCUGGUUCCAGAGGAGCACUACUCAGGUGACUACACAUUGGCGCUUCCCAAACUCAAUCUGCAGUUUCUCACCAUACAUGACUACUUGCUGCGAAAUUUCAAUCUCUUCCGCUUGGAGUCCACGCACGAGAUACGAGAUGAUUUGCAGGAUCAAAUCCCCAGGAUGAAAGCUUCGAUCGAUCAAGAUGGUACCACGCACUUCUCUGGCUCCGGACGUAUGAUGGUGCCCUUGGGCGGGCUGGAAGUGAUGAAUGUGAAGAGACCUAAAGUUGGAGAAGAGGUUCCGUCAGAAGUUCGGGCUGAAGUCCGCUGGUCCUUGACAGGAGUUCUGCCGCAAAUCCGCGAGGAAUGGGACACCCUGAGGGAGCACGACGUGAUUUUCCUGAUAAGGAUUCAAGCGCCAACUGAACCCUAUGAUGGCAGAGUGGCUGAACUUACUGUGGCAGAGUUUCCCGAGAAGUUUGGCGUCAUCAGCGUUCGCGGCGCUGAAAUCACAGAGUUGCUGGAUGACGAAGGAAACGUCAUCAGCGAUCCAAACCCAGCAGAACGUAAGACUCCUGUGGGAGACGGCCGGGUUGCGCGAGUGAUCCUGGAUCCUGCUCAGUACCACCAGGACUUGGAGGCUAUGGCAUCUGGCAAGACAGAAAUCUACAGCACCCUCAACCUUGUGAUGCGCCGCAAGCCGAAAGAGAACAACUUCAAAGCCAUCCUGCACACGAUCAGGAGCCUGAUGAACAACGAGGACACAGUGGUUCCGGACUGGUUGCAUGAUCUUUUCCUCGGCUAUGGAGAUCCUGGAGCAGCUCAGUACUGGAAGCUCCCAACUGCCCUGAGUGAGAUUGACUUCAGAGAUACGUUCUUGGACGAAGAUCACAUCCUGGAGUCCUUUCCAGAUGCAGAGGACAUCGAUGUACCAGAGGACUUGAAGCGCCCGUUCAAGCUGAAAUUUGAGAAGGGCACUGCCAUCCAAAGUGCAAAGAGGCCACCAGAAAGACGCUGGGCAAUUUGGGUGAUAGCUUCUGCGUAUACUCUGCCCAACAUGGGGCCUUAUCCAGAAUGCAAGCCGCGGGAAAACUCCAUCCGCUUCACGCCUGUCCAGGUUGAAGCCAUCCGAUCAGGUGUGAACCCUGGUCUGACUAUGGUCGUGGGACCACCUGGCACAGGCAAGACGGACACUGCAGUGCAGGUGGUGAACCUGUUGUUCCACAAUUUCCCGGAUCAGAAGAUCGUGUUGGUGGCACACUCCAAUCAAGCUCUGAAUGACCUCUUCGAGAAAAUCGUGGCACUGGAUAUUCCCGAGAGAUAUCUGCUCAGAUUGGGUCGCGGAAUUGAGGAGCUGGAUGCGAAGCAAGACUUCUCCAAGUGGGGCCGCGUGAACCACAUGCUGAAGCGCCGUAUUGAGCUGCUUGCAAAAGUGGAGCGCUUGGCGGACUCUCUAGGCCUUUCCGGCCAGGACGUCGCCUACACCUGCGAGAACGCCCAGCAUUUCUUCUUGCAUCAUGUACGCUACCGGUGGGAAGAAUUCCACAAGAAGUUGGCCAUAGCCGGCAAGAAUGGCGCCAAUAUCCACAAGGUGCUGACCCAAACCGGACCAGCAGCAAAAAAGCGCCGCCUCGACGAAGAGCCACAGGCCAAGGAGGAUGCAGACUCGAGGCGUGUAGAGGAUGAGAACAGCGAGGAGGUGAAAAAAAUGAGUGAGCAGAUCCUGAGUGGCAGAAAGACGGUCAUCAGUUUCCUCUUUCCAUUCACCAAGUUCUUUGCGGACGCUCCUCAACCCCUUUUCCCAUCCGAGUCCCAUGAAGCAGACUUAGAAGUUGCAGAAGGCUGCUUCCGGUAUUUUGAGAACAUGUUCAGGGAGAUCGAGGAGUGCAGGGCAUUCGAACUCCUGCGAAAUGGCCAUGACCGUGGCGACUACUUGAUCACAACGCACGCUCGCAUCAUCGCCAUGACCUGCACCCACGCUGCCUUGACAAGGUCCACAUUGGUAAACCUGUCCUUUAAGUACGACAAUUUGCUCAUGGAAGAGUCUGCGCAGAUCUUGGAGGUGGAAACCUUCAUACCAAUGCUUUUGCAGAAUGCGGAGAACGGAGUCAGCAGGUUGAAACGUGUGAUGCUCAUUGGGGACCACCACCAACUGCCACCAGUGGUCAAGAACCGUGCUUUCCAGAAGUAUGGACACCUUGAUCAGUCCUUAUAUGCCCGAUUUGUGCGCCUGAAGACUCCGACCGUAGACCUCAACCUACAGGGUCGAGCAAGGCCAAGCAUUGCCGAGCUCUAUAGCUGGCGAUACAGAGAUCUAGGCAAUCUGCCCAACGUGCUGACCGACGACAGGUACCGGUAUACCAAUCCAGGACUGACAUACGUGUAUCAGUUCGUCAAUGUGGAAGACUUCGAAGGUCGCGGAGAAUCACAGCCAACUCCAUAUUUCUAUCAAAACUUGGGCGAAGCGGAAUACUGCGUGGCACUAUUCAUGUAUAUGCGACUCUGUGGAAUCCCUGCCGAGAAGAUCUCCAUUCUGUCCACAUACAAUGGACAGAAGGCCUUGCUCAGAGACGUGGUGAGAACACGUUGCUCAUGGAAUCCACUGUUCGGGGAGCCUGCAAAAAUCACGACUGUCGACAAAUUCCAGGGUCAACAGAACGACUUCAUCAUUGUCUCAUUAGUGCGGACGCAGCACGUGGGCCAUCUUCGCGAUGUCCGACGCUUGAUCGUCACCAUGAGCAGAGCUCGAUUCGGACUCUAUGUCUUCGGAAGGUUCUCGCUUUUCGAAAACUGCUUUGAGCUCACCCCGGUUUUCAGCCGGUUUGCAAAACUGCCUCGCGAACUGAGUUUGGAGUUGCAAGAACAGCCUGGCUCCACGCGGCUGCUGGAUGCGGACCCUCAGUCGACAGUGGUCCAGGAUUUGCAUCAGAUGUGGACGUUGCUGCAGGUGAAGAUGAAAGCCCAGUUCCAGGACCUUUCAUCUCAGGCUUUUGCGUGA